GAGCACACCCACUCCGCGAGAGGGGAAGGUGAUAACCGAAACUAAGCACAUCUUUAUCCAGCUGCUGUACAACUUUGUGUGUGUGGCCGUGUCGCUGGGCACACUUUAAACAAAAGUAAUAGGGAAAACGAGGCCGACAACCAGCAUGGCACAUUAUAGAGCUUCAGAGUCAAAGAGGGAACAGUUUCGGAGAUACUUGGAGAAAGCUGGCAUUCUGGAUAGCCUUACCUGUGCACUGGUGGCUUUGUAUGAAGAACAGGAGAAGCCCAGCAAUGCCAUGGAAUUUCUGAAGCAGUAUCUCUGUGUGACCGAUAAGAUGUCGACGGACACUGAAGCUCUACAGCGGGAGCUGAGUGAGUUGACGCAGAGGUGCGCACUGCUGGUAGAAGAAAACAAAGAACUUAAAACACGGCUUCAACGUUAUGAACCCGGACCAGAGGAUGGAGGCACAGCUAACUAGACACCAAGAGACUACUGGCUUAGUCAAUGUAGUUUUUUCCCCUUUAUAUAGCUUUGGUUUUUCACCAUAAAACAGCAUUGUUAAGUGAAGAUCACUGAUGUGUAUGUACCUGUGCUAUAUUUCUUAAGUCUUAUUUUCUAUGAUGUUUCUUAGAAUGUAACUUGUACAUAAUGUAUAAAAUGUUUUUUUUCCCAGCUCA